CGUAAGUGACGAGCAGGGCUCGAGACAGCACCCGAAAAUGGUAUGUCUGGACAUAAACGGGGACCCAAGUGAAAGAUGUUGUUAUAAAGCCCGAUUCUCCAAAUACUCUCCUGUUAGAGAAACAUGCAGACUAUAUUGCAGCUUAUGGAUCUAAAAAAGAUGACUAUGAGUACACACUUUCAGAGUACCUGCGCAUGAGUGGCAUCUAUUGGGGCCUCACGGUGAUGGAUCUAAUGGGGCAGCUGCAUCGCAUGAACAAGGAUGAGAUCACAGAGUUCAUCAAGUCCUGCCAGCAUGAGUGCGGCGGGAUCAGCGCCAGCAUCGGCCAUGACCCGCACUUGCUCUACACCCUGAGUGCUGUACAGAUCCUCACGUUAUAUGGUAACGUUAGUGCAAUCGACGUAGAGAAGGUGGUGGAGUAUGUGAAGGGGCUACAGCAAGAAGAUGGGUCUUUUGCUGGAGACAAAUGGGGUGAAAUUGACACAAGGUUCUCCUUCUGUGCUGUGGCAACCUUGGCUCUGCUGGGUAAACUUGACGCAAUAAACGUGGACAAAGCAGUCGAGUUUGUCCUCUCUUGUAUGAACUUUGAUGGAGGAUUUGGCUGCAGGCCUGGCUCAGAGUCCCAUGCUGGUCAGAUCUACUGCUGUACAGGGUUCCUUUCCGUCACUGGCCAGUUGCACCAGGUCAACGCAGACCUGCUGGGGUGGUGGCUCUGCGAGCGUCAGCUGCCGUCUGGCGGGCUCAACGGGCGGCCCGAGAAGCUGCCUGAUGUUUGCUACUCCUGGUGGGUUCUGGCCUCCUUGAAGAUCAUUGGCAGGAUCCACUGGAUUGACAAGAACAAACUACGCUCCUUCAUCUUGGCCUGCCAAGAUGAGGAGACGGGUGGCUUCGCAGACAGGCCUGGAGACAUGGUGGACCCAUUCCACACCUUGUUUGGAGUUGCGGGGCUCUCUCUGUUGGGGGAGGAGCAGAUCAAGCCCGUGAACCCUGUGUUCUGCAUGCCGGAGGAGGUGCUCGACAGGAUCGGCCUGCAGCCAGAGAUCCUGGGCUAAGUGCCCCGUCCACCCUGGCAGAGUCGCUGCCGAUCAGACCCCGAAGAGCAAGGUGGGCUGUGACGGAUGAGUUCCGCACCCAACGCAUGAGUCAUGCGGCGGGACCAUGACCCGUGGGCCUACGCAUGUGUAUCUCUCUGUCUGUCUCUCUAGGCUUUAAGGCUUCCCGUCUGGUCAAAGAGGCCAUGGUAGCGUAGCACGUACUACUGUUUACAGCACCACGUUCACAUCAGUCACCAAAUGCAGGCACAGCGCUUUGUCAAACUGGGACGUGUCCGAUGGGAAGCAUCGCACUGAACUGGGGGAAAGGUCAAGGGUUGCACUUUAUCAUAUCCUAACUCACUUCACACACACACAUGUUUGGUAUUUUAACACCCUAGAGAUGGAGCAGCAAAUAGCAGUAGGAAAGGUGUGGCCUCCGCUUUUGUUACCAAACACAUCAGGUGUGUAUGUAAAAUUACCAACACAGCUUAUCCAUUUGCUUCAGUUACUUAGAAACAGUUAUUAACUGUGUCUUAUUAUGAAUCUGAUUUAAAAACUGUAAAGAACAACAAAAAAACUGGAAUUGUUUUUAUGUGUAGCCCUAAGGAGAGUCUCUUGGGGUGCCGCCGCACUUAGGGGUCUGAAUAAGGAAAUCACUGAAACAUUUCAGCAAUUUGUUCCGUCUGUCACACGGACCUCAAACUGUUCAACGUUUUAGGUGCAAAAUUAUAAUAUUGGAUAGGGUUUUCAUUAUUCAUGUUUUUCUUUCUUACAGUUAAGUGGUAGCAUCUUAUUUAUCCUUCUUGCUGACACUUCUUUCCAAGGACCUUCACUGAGGCACUUUAUAAUGUGUCAUAGGAGCUUUUAGGACAAAAUAAUGCAUCUACUGCUCUUCCUUGAUCAUACCACUGUUUUAAUUAUAUAAAUACCUGUGAAGCCUAAGUUGUCAUGUUUUGUAAUGUCUCUGUAUUCAGAAUA